UCGACAUUGGAUGUUGGUGCUCGUGAUGAUGCGGGGGAUGACCAUAAUUUUGGACCCUUUAAAAAAUCAUAAAUCUCCACCAAUAAUUACGGAGGUUAUGGAAAAAGCAUACGCACAAUGUUUGGAAAAUGAAUACAUCGGCACAUUUACAAAAUUGGUGAGAGGUUCUUGUCCAAAACAACCUGAAAGUCAUGAAUGUGGUUAUUAUGUACUAAGAUACAUUUAUGAUCUUGUAAAUGCACCGAAUCCAGCAGAAGUUAUCAAGAAGAAAUGGUUUGACAAAAAGCAAUUCAAUGUCAAAGAGGAUCUACUACCACUACAAAGUGAUUGGUUAGCUAGAUUAAUGCCAUUUGUUUAUGAAAACUAAAUUUUUGUAUGUAUGUAAGAUUAAAGUGCUAACUUAUAUUGGUUAGAAUGAUUAAAGUCUUUAAUUCA